AGAUAAUCAUAUUAAUUAUGCAUUUAUGGAAAAUAAAGAAUAAAACGAAUCGAUAGCACCAUCUAGCGUCAACGGUCGAAACUAUUUUCCAUUACAAGCUUGUGGCUUUUUCCACCUAUGGCGCCCCACCGCCAUGGCAGUGUUUGUGGCGCCAGUGAGCGAUGCCUUUUCUGUUUUACCACGGUAGUGGUGGGUAGUGGUCGUAAUUUAAAAACGUUUAUUCGCAAAUAACAUUACACACACAUUGUAUUAUUGUUUAGUAUACUGAAAUGAAAUUGAUACUUUGUGUUUGAAAAUCAGUAUUUCGAAAAAAGUAGUAGCGAUGAAUGACGAGGAAAAGAAUAUUUGUGUAAAGUUUUUGACUACAUUAAAAUCUAGAGGAAAAAGUUAUGCUAGGUUCGAGGAGUCCCUCAAUAGACUACAGAAGUAUGUGGCAUCGCAAGGUCUGGAAGAUGAAGAUAUUCAUCUGUUAGGAAGUGUUAUCAUAGACACUGACUUAAAUGCUACAAAACUGGUAAAGCUAAUAAACUGCCUAAUUCCAAAAUAUAAGAUGCCCGAAAAAACUUUCUAUUUAAUUACCACUUGGUACUUGUCAUCUGUGAACGAGCUGCCAAUUACAGUGUCUAUCGCUGUUACACAAUGGAUAGUUGGUUUGUGGAAUCAUCAAAUAGUAGAUAGAAAAGUUGUAAAUGUAUACUAUAGUGUUUUCUAUUAUGUGAUGAUAAAAAAAGAAAAACUGAGUAGAUAUAUAGCACGUCUGAUUUAUGUGUUAACAAGACCGGAUGAUGUAACACGUAGAGAUGUAUCCAGACUAUUAUCUUUACGUCAGAAAUAUUCAAAACCUCAAGGAUACAUCACUGCGUUAUUGUCAUUAUUCAAAACCUACAAACCCGAAUUAGUUCCUGAAAAAAUUCAGUCUGUAAAUAUAGAAAGCGUAUGGAAACCGAUACCAGAAGUUUUACAAACUAUGCUUCAAACAGUUAGAGAUCGUUUAGAAAAUCAAGAAAAAGAAAAUGUAGAUUUUAAAUCGUUUGACUGGAACAUAUUUGAGCGUGUAAGAGGAAAAAAAACAAUACCGUUGGUACCAUCCAUAGGAUACUUUCAAAUUGGUUCUAGUAUUUUUAAAGCAAAAGAUACAAAAUCCAUCUUUGAUAUUUCCAGCAUCGAUGAAUUCGGCACAUCGCAUUCCAACAUAGAAUUACCGUGCAACGCUAUUUCUCUUUUAUCUAAUACCGCUGGAUAUCACCUUUUGACAUUUUCUGAUUUUCAUUAUCAAAGAAGAUUCUCUUAUAAUCUGUAUAACACUCUAACAAGAGCAUUCAUACUGGAAAGUGAAAAAUUUUCCGAAGAAGAAAUCGAUAAAUUACUUGAAAUGACAGCAGAAUUUUCACGUUAUAUGCAACAGGGUAUACCUGUUGUCAAUCGUUUCUUGGACGAGUACCUCUAUUUCAAUACAGGAGAAUAUCGAUCAAAGCUUUUAGCUUUAUUACAGUGGAUGACUUCGACAUCUAUUAGUGAUUUGCAGGACAAAAUAUUAGUACAUUUACAAAAUAUGUAUUACGAAUCGUCGAUAACCGAAAAGUGUGAGAUUAUCAGAACUUUGAAAAUGUUGAUCACAAAUUUGGUAUACCAAACAUUUGUUAACGAAGGGUUUGAAGAAUCUGAUCAAGAGACAGCUGCACCAUUUUUGGGUCAAAUUUCAAUGGGUAAUUUGGAGGAUGUUGUUCUCAUUCUUACUAAAUUCAUUCAAGACCUUAUUGCGUCUGGUUUAAAUAUACACUCCUAUCACAUUUUACUACUUUCCGAAGCACUGUUAUUUUAUGACCAGAUUUGUACAUUGGAAAGUCGGAGUGACAUACAGUCUUUCACAGUUGCACCACCUGCAGUAAUUUAUGGAGGUUUUGUUACAAGAAGUUGUGCGAUUUUGUCAAUGACUUGUAACUUAUUAUUAAGGUACCGUAACAUGAGUUUACAAUUCAUGAAACAUAAACCAGAAGAAACCUUAUUGGACAAAAGGAUUGAAAUCCUGUCUGUUUAUGUCAAAGAUAUUUGCAAUGCAUUGUUGUCCGAUGAGUUAUUCACGAAAGAACAUGGGAAAUACUUUUUAAAAAAUAUUCCAGAUGAAGUACUGAGAGACUUAGAACACUAUAAUUUAGAUAACCAUUUAAAUAUUCUCCAUCACUAUGCCCUUUUGCCUUAUAAGUAUACAUUAAGUAAAACAGGACUUAAUAUAAGUACGAAAGAGGUAAGAAAUUAUUUCUAUCUGUCUAUCUUAUUAACAAUGUAUUUCCUAACAUUAAAUGUCAAGUUUCAAACAUUAAGCACAUCUAAAUAAUGUUGGAAUUUUUUUAGGAUGCCAUGCAUGUAGCUUCACAAUAUUUUCCAAUUGUGAAUGAAUUUAUCAAUACAUUUUAAACUAAAAUAUAGAU